UCAGCCCCGCGGCCCCCGCCGCACCCAGUGCCCUGUUAAAGCUCCACUGAGUCGUUUCUGCCCCUGCCCUGCUUCUCCUGAGGCGCCCAGCGAGGGACUAAAACAGUCACAGAGCGUUUGUCAAGUAUAUUGCCUUCAAAGCAGUCGGGUGGCGGAUCCCCGACUCCAGCAUCGCGCAGGUUGUCCUCGAGUCUCCCCAGGCACUUUUUUGCCCAGAGAAUCCAAGAAGGACCAUUCUCCCCGGCUACAGUAACAUGGAUACACAAAAGGAUGUUCAGCCUCCAAAGCAGCAGCCAAUGAUUUACAUUUGUGGAGAAUGUCAUACAGAAAAUGAAAUAAAGGCAAGAGAUCCUAUCAGGUGCAGAGAAUGUGGCUACAGAAUAAUGUACAAGAAAAGGACAAAAAGAUUGGUGGUUUUUGAUGCUCGAUGAUGUCUGCUGACAUCAUGUGACUUAAUGAUGUAAUCUUUCUGAUAACUUUGUUCUGUAAAACUGUUUGUGUGUUAAUGCACACUCUUACUUGUGUUUUAAGAGUUCGAAAUAUUAAAGUUUACUGUAAUACUAAA